UACAGAAAGGAGGCCUCCACGUGGCUAGGGCUGGGAACAUAUGGAAACUAUGAAUGUUUAAAUAAAUUUCAAAUUCAUGUUUUCCUUAUGGCUAACUUCCUUAUUUAUAUUAGUGUGUAUGUGUGUGUAUUUGUGUGCAUUUGUCUUGCAAGAAAAUUAUUUAAUCACUUAAAUUACAUACUCAUGCCUGCCUUUGAGAUUAAAAAGUGUUUGAAAUAAUUAAAUACUGGUGUUAAAUUCAUGAUAUUUAAUUUAAAAAAAAAUCAAAAAUCCAUUGAAUUCAUUUUGGUGACAAAAUGACAGGUGAUGGGGCAUCAACUUAUAUUAAAAAAUAAAAAAAAUAUACAUAUAUUUGAAUUUAUAAACUUAGAAAAACCCACCAUCAUUUAAACUACAUCAUCGUCUUUAAUUUGAUCGGGCGUGGUAUACCUUAUAAUACGUCACAAGCAAUGGCGCCGGCAAAUGGCGCCGGAUGUAUUGGAUUUUUCUAUGAAUUGGCUGUAUAACGGUAACGGUACCAAUUCAGUGUACCAUUUUUUCCAGAUGACCAUUUCUCAACCCAUCUAAGAGGAUAUCCUGUGUAUAUUAUCGCAGUAUUGGGUAUAGUGUACUUUUUUCUGGGUAUAGCACUUUUUGGGGGGUAUUGCACAGAUUCCAGUAACCCCAAUUUGCAGCAUGGCGAGCUCAAGUAAACAAAAUAAAAAAUCUGGAGAACAUUUUGAAAAGUUAGGACUUAAUGAAUGGUUAUGGACGCAGUGUCAUACGAUGGGAUUGCAACAACCUACUCCCAUUCAAGUAAAUUGUAUUCCACCAAUUUUAGAAGGGAAAGACUGCAUUGGUUGUGCAAAAACAGGAAGUGGUAAAACAGCAGCAUUUGCUUUGCCGAUUCUACAGAAACUCUCAGAGGACCCUUUUGGCAUUUUUGCAUUGGUUUUAACCCCGACAAGAGAGUUGGCCUUCCAGAUAGCAGAGCAGUUUAAUGUCCUUGGUAAACCUAUCAAUAUCAGGGUCACAGUCAUCACCGGAGGAAUGGACAUGAUGCAGCAGGGUAUAGACCUUCAGGUUAAACCCCACAUCGUGAUUUCCACCCCAGGCAGAUUGGCUGACCACUUACAAAGCUGUGAUACAUUCAGUCUGCGCAAAAUUAAGUUCCUUGUAUUAGAUGAAGCAGAUCGCUUGAUUGAGGAUGAUUUUGGAGAGCAGCUAGAGACAAUAUUUAAAGUUCUCCCUAAAAAGAGACAGACACUUCUGUUCAGUGCUACAAUGACUAAGCACCUGAAGGAUUUACAAGAUGUGACUAUGAAUAAACCUUUCUUCUGGCAACAGCAAUCACAGGUAGCCACUGUUGAAGGGUUGAAGCAGUACUACAUCUUAAUGCCAGCAGACAUAAAGGACGCCUACCUCGUCCACGUUCUGGACAAGUACAUAGAGGCCAACAAAAAGAGCUCUAUCAUGAUCUUCACCAAUACAUGCAAGUACACCCAGAUACUAGGCAUGAUCUGCACACAGGUAGGCCUGCCCUGCGAGGUUCUACACUCCAUGAUAAGACAGAAGGAAAGGUUAGCAGCCCUGGCGAAAUUCAAAUCCAACCAGAUCAACAUCCUCAUUGCCACGGAUGUAGCCAGCAGAGGCUUAGAUAUCCCCACAGUGGACCUGAUCAUCAAUCACAAUGUACCCAACAAACCCAAGGACUAUGUACAUCGAGUGGGGCGGACAGCGAGAGCAGGUCGCCAUGGAACUGCCAUUACCCUGGUGACACAGUUUGAUGUUCGACUUGUGCAUGCCAUUGAGGAGUUUGUCAAUUCAAAAAUGGAUGAGUAUGAGACUAAGGAAAAAGAAGUUAUGAAAAUUUUGGUUGAAGUUGCCACUGCAAAACGAGAGGCAGAAAUUAGAUUGGAUGAAAGAGACUUCGGAGUUCAGAAAGAGAUAAACAAGAGAAAAAGACUGUUGCUGGAAGGAAAGGAUCCUGAUGAGGAGGCCAGAAAGAAACAGAAAUAUAUCAAAGAGAAAAAUCUGGAAAGGAGAAAGAAACGGGAAGAGAAAAUCAAACCAAAAACUUAAUUUCCGUGAAGUGCGUCCUGGAAAAGAAAAUCAGUGCAAUAUCAGAAGUUGUGAAUGCAUGUAUCGAAGGACAGAAGUUGUGAAUGCAUGUAUCGAAGGACAGAAGUUGUUAAAGCAUGUAUCGAAGGACAGAAGUUGUGAAUGCAUGUAUCGAAGGACAGAAGUUGUGAAUGCAUGUAUCUAAGGACAGAUGCGUAAUUUAAGAUGAAUCUGAAGACUUUUGAGAUGUGUACUUUAAGAUGAAUCGGAAGACUUUUGCCACAAAUGUGUAUUAAAUUUGUUUGAAAUUCACUUUAGGUAGAGAUUUUAAAACAUCUGUUUGUUUGAAUAUGCAUUGUUGUUAUGGUUUAUGUGUUUGUAUGUAUUGAAAUAUUGUAUGAAGAUUGCAAGGGAUGUGACUUCAUAUGUAGACAUUUUCCUACCAUCACAUGCAAGGAAAAUGAACUCGGUAUCACAUCAAACUGUUGAUUUGUGAGAGAUAUUCAUAACUUAUAAAACUAUGAAUAAACAAUACAAAUAUUA